AUAGCUCCUGAAGUGGACAUAUAUGUCCUAGCCAUAAUGUUCACUGGUUCUGGUAUCAAAGCUAUACUUAUGGUGAUCUGCUACAAGCGUGGAACUGCUUCAUCGAAGGUACUAGCCAUGGAUAUGCGUAAUGAUAUCGUAACAUCUCUAGUCGCAGUCGUUUGUGCAACCAUAGGAGACAAAUUCUGGAUUUAUGCUGAUCCUGUUGGCGCCAUAAUAGUAUGGUUAGUACUAAACAAUGCAGGCUGUAUCACCAAAUGCUACUGA